GAUGGCCGAGGCUUCUGAGAAUGGAAAGUCAACAAAAGCCAGCAUCCAGGAGGCGGAGACUGAUCUGCCACCACCUCCUCCCCAGGAAUCUGUCCUAGACCCUUCUCCAGUUACUGGUAGCCAGGAUUCUAACACACUGCCUCUACCACCUCCUAAAGAAUCUUUCUCCAAGUUCUACCAGCAGCGUCAAGUGAAUGAGCUGAAGCGACUCUACCGCCACAUGCACCCUGAGCUACGGAAAAAUUUGGAAGAGGCCGUGACAGAGGACCUGGCCGAGAUGCUGAGUGCCGAUGAUCCUAUGGCACAACCCUCCAUGAAUUUAGAUCCUGUGGUUCCGGGAGAAGUUCAAUCCAUGCGCUGGAUCUUUGAGAACUGGACAUUGGACUCCAUCGGAGAGCAUCAAGGUGCCAAGAAGCUCACCGAGGAGGAAGCCAUCCCAAGCGGAGAUGUGAAGAGCAGGUCCAUGAAGUUUGAAAGCCAGACGUUCGAGGUGGACAAGCCGACCACCUCGGACGACGCAUUGAAGAAAGAACAGACCAAAGGGGACGUGCAUACAGCUCGCUGGCUAUUUGAAACCCAGCCGCUAGACUCGUUGAACAAAAUGUACUCGGAUGUGACAGACAUGCAAGAGGCAGUGCUCAAGGAACCUGUUCAGAGAGGGGAUGUGAAAGGAGCUGCACAGCUAUUUGAAACUCACUCGUUGGAUGCCUUGGGCCGCUGUAGCUCUGUCGAGGAGCAGAACAUCCUGCAACUCAAGUCGGAAAUUCAAGAGCUCAAAGGGGACGUGAAGAAAACCAUCAAGCUGUUCCAAACAGAGCCCCUCUGUGCAAUCAGAGAUAAGACAGGGAACAUCCAUGAGAUCAAAUCUGUCUGCAGGGAAGAAAUACAUAGCAAUGCGGUGAGGACGGCUCGUUGGCUCUUUGAAACCCAGCCCCUGGAUACAAUCAACAAGGACACAUCCAAAGUGCAAGUUAUACAAGGGAUCUCAUUAGAGGAGGUCACAAAAGGGGAUGUCAGCGGAGCCAAGUGGCUGUUUGAAACUCAGCCCCUUGAUGCCAUACGAGAACAUACUGUGGAGGAGGCGGAUUUCAAGGCUUCUCCAGAUCUUGUCCAAGGGGCCGACGUGACUACCCAGUGCCUGCUUUUUGAAACUCAGCCUCUUGACACACUGAAAGGAGAAGUCUCUGACAGCAUCCCAGCCAAAGAAGAAGUCAUCAGAGGGGACGUAAAAUCCACUCUCUGGCUGUUCGAAACCCAACCAAUGGAAACACUAAAGGAUACUUUUGAAGUUGGGCAGUUAAAGAAAAUAGAGCUUUCUGAAGAGGAGAAAGGAGCUGUGAAGCAAAGGAAGCAAGUCUUUGAGACCUGUCCUUUGGGUAGCAUCUCCAAGGCAUCAUCUGAGGACUUCUCAGCCACCAAUGUACAAGAGGUAGAGAAAGGUGACGUGAAAGCUUUCAAGACCCUCUUUGAGACCCUCCCUUUAGAUAGCAUCAGGCAACUUAGCACUGAAGAGGUUGUCAAGGAAGUGGAGGAAGUUCCACAUGGGAACGUCAAAGCCAAUCAGUUCCUGUUUGAGACAACACCCUUGUACGCCAUCAAGGAUUGCUUUGGCAAUUUCCACAAGGUCACUUCUGUGAGCAGAGAAGAGGACGUUAUAGGCGGAGACGUGAAGAACUACAAGUGGAUGUUUGAAACCAAGCCUUUGGACCAGUUUGAUGACAGCACCCAGAAAGUAGAUAUAAUCAAGGGGAUCACUAAGCAGGAAUUGGUGGCUGGGGACGUUAGGACGGCCAAGUGGCUCUUCGAAACACAAUCCAUGGAUGUCAUCCACAGCCAAAUCAACCCAGCAGAACAAAAUGCUUCUGGGAAAGGAGAAGUGUCCCAAGGAGGUGAUGUGAAGACCUGCAGGUGGCUGUUUGAGACCCAUCCGAUGGAUGCUCUAUAUGAGAAGGCAGAAAAGAAGCAAGACAGAGAAGAACCUGUGGCACAGGGGGAUGUUAAGUCAUACACUUGGAUGUUUGAAACACAGCCCUUGGACUCUCUGAGAGGCCAAGAAGAGCAGCAUUUGCAGGUCAGCAAAGCAUCUUCCCAAGAUGAAUUAGAAGGGGUAGAUGUGAAAACCGCCAGACACCUAUUUGAGACAGAACCCUUAAUCGAUAAUGCCUCUGAUGAUGUCGAUUCAAAGAAAAUAAUCAGGUACUCCAGCCGUGUAGAGAUACAAUCUGGAGAAGUGUCCCGGGUGAAAGAGUUCUUUGAAGCCAAGCCCUUGGAUUCAGCCAGGAAAUCGAGCACAGCCAUGAAAGAGAUCAACGUCCCAGCAGAUGAAAACAUAGAGCCAGGGGCAGUACACAAGUUCACUUGGCUCUUUGAAAACUGUCCCAUGGAUACCUUGAAAAGCAGCAUGGAGGGUAUUCAAGAGAUCCCUCCAGAAAAGGACAUUCAGAGUGGAGAUGUCGGAGGCAAGAGAUUCAUUUUCGAAACCUACUCUCUGGGUCAGAUCCAUGACAAAGAGAAUGAGAUGCAAAUCCAGAAAAUCCAGGAAGAGACCCUGAACAAAGCCAAUGUCAAGUCCUGCACCAUGCUCUUUGAAACCCAACCACUGUAUGCCAUCCAGGACAGAGAAGGGGGCUAUCAUGAAGUCACCUCUGUGAAGAAAGAAGAAAUCAUGAAAGGUGACGUGAAGGGUGCCAGAUGGCAAUUUGAAACCAAGCCCUUGGAUCAGAUCAAGAAAGACGAAGAGGUGUUUGUGAUCAGGGCAGUGACCCAAGAGGAUUUUAAGAAGGGCGAUGUCCAAGCUGCCAGAUGGAGAUUUGAAACAGAGCCUCUAGAUUCCAUCACUGAAGACAAGAGUCCAAUUCUGAGGACUGUUGAUGAUGUACAGAAGGGAGAUGUCCAAUCCAAUAAGCAGCUCUUUGAGUCAGAGCAGUUUGGUCAAAGAAGGUAUGUUAGGAUGGUCAGUGUGAGUGAUGUCCAGCAAGGAGAUGUAAGAACAUCCACUUGGCUUUUUGAGAACCAGCCGAUUGAUUCCCUCAAAGGAGAGCCUGAAACCACCUCCAGCCUGAACACGGUUCAGAGAGAGGACAUCCAUAAAGGAGAUGUGAAACGCUGCACCUGGCUAUUUGAGACUCAGCCCAUGGACAGUCUCAAAGACAGUGAGGCUUCCUCCAACGCCGAACCCCUAGAGGUGGUUCCCCAGGCUGAUGUCAAAAGUACCACGUGGUUGUUUGAGAGUACACCACUGGAUAAACUCAGCACUUCUGAACAUGUCACAGAAACAGAAGGGAAAGAGCGAACCGUAAGGGACACGUUGGAAGUUCUCUUUGUCCAUCAAGUGAUCCAACAUGGUGGUAUCCUUAUUGAAGCCAAUGAUACUGAGAGUGUCAAGAUGGCAAAAUACCACUUUAGCAUUCAAGGAGCCCCAGAAAUUCAAAAGGAGGAAGUCAUGGGUGGCAAUCUGGAAAGCAUCUUGUUGCAGCUCCUUCACAGGACCAAUGUGGAGGCCCAAGGGGUAUUGGUGAAAGAAGAGGAGGACAGGAAUGUCAAAAUCAGCCCAGUGCAGCUUCUAGAUCCUAGCAUAGCAGAGAAAAGCAAAGAGGACUUGAGGGACGAUGUGGCAAAAGCUCUCCAAGGCCUUCUGAGCCAAGAUGCCUCUGCCAAAAAAGGAAUCGUUAUGCAGGAGACAGAGGCAGGAUCAGUGAAGAUCACCAUCUAUUCUCUCCUCCACCACGUUGCCCAACAAGAAGAACUUGUCAAGGGUGACGUGAAGUCCACCAUUGGGAAUCUUCUGGCUUCGUCGCAAGAGCAAAAGGCGACAGCGACCAUCAGACGAGAGGACAACGAGAGAGGCAACGUCCACUUGUACACCACCUGCAUCGAGAAAGGAGACCUUGACUACCUGAAGAACCUCCAAAGGGAGUCGGAGAUAGAAUCCCUAGUUUCCUCCCAAGCAAAGGAGGAACCACUGAAAAAUGUGCAAGAAGUUACCGUGCCUGCCCAGCAGCAGGCAGAAAAAGUAGUGAAAACAACAGCAGAUGUGAUAUUAGGGGAGAGUAGUGGGGCUAAGCAAGUGUUCUUGUGUGACAGCAAAGAAAGUAUCUUAGAAAGGGAGGUGGUGCAUGCCAGUGAUCUAGACUGUACAUUGCAUUGUCUUGGACAACCCCCAUCCACAAUGAUAGAAAAUGUUAUUUCAGGAAAUGUGAAAUUGGCUGAGAAUGGUAGCAACAGGGCAGAGAGAGAAGGAAAAACCCUGGGUGAUAGAAAGGAGGGAAAAGCCUCCACUCAAGUGGCAACUCAGAAGGAUGAGAUAGAUGGGGCUAUCCACUCUUCCAACCAGAUGAUGGCGCAGCCCAAAUCACAGGAUCUCGGGAGUGAUCUCCAAGCCGCGAUGCAAAGCCUCAGGCUUGCCACAGCCGAGGCCCAAAGCCUCCAGCACCAAGUCCAGAGCAAGCUGCAAAAGACCACUGAAGAUAUCCAUCUUGUUGCUAAGCAACCCCGGGCAGCCACGUCUCAGCAGGCGGCAGCCGUGCAGUCAGCAGUCCACAACGAGGGCCAUGCGGCCAGCAAGCAGCAGCAUGCGAGCCAUGUCACCAUCGUCAGAGUGCAGGAGACAUCCAAGUCCCACGCCAGCAUGUCUGAGAAGAGCACGGCAUCACACGCAAAGGUCAGUGCAUCCGAGGAAGUACAGGGAGGCAAGCUGCCACCGGUAGACUGUCAGGAUGGUGCGGUCAUGCCUAGCGCACAGGUUAGCAUUAAGGACGGCCUCUACACUGCCCAGCCAGUGAAAACCUAUGUAAAUCCAUUUGUUGAGUCUGAUUACAAACAGCACUCCGUUCCAGAAGAACGCGAGCAAGAUGCUAUAAUCAGAGGGGAUGUAAAGACGGCUAUCAGAGCCCUGCAGAGUGCCGUGGCAGAACAGAGGCAAGUAGAAAAAGAGGACGUUGUCUGUGGCAGCUUAAAAGCCGCACUUAAGUCCCUGGAAAAGUCUAACGUUAAUAUCUCCAAAGGAGAUUUUAAAGCCGCCAUGAUAUACAGAAACGCAGGGCAGCCGUAUUCCGUUUGUAAAAAGAAAAAUGAGGCUCAGGUCCUUAGGGAGCAGGUAGCGGCUUCAGGCUCACAAGCUGUUAAUGACUUUCCUCCUCCUCCUCCUCCAGCUUCAGUAAUGAGAACCGUGUGCCCUUCGACCAAUCAGAGAGAAGCUGAUGCUCUAGGCUGUCCCUCGACCACGCAACCACCUGUUCCUAAGACCCUCCCUCCUGCCCCUGCCAAACCAAGCAACCAGAGGCCUUUGGAGAAACCACAGCUUCUCCCCAAACCAGAAGUUAUUCCCCCACCAAGGAAGAAACCUCUUCCCCCUCCAAAACCAGAGUUCCUUUUGCAAGAAGCACUUCCCUACCCUGCCGGCAGCCACCGAAGCCGAACAGGUAAGGUGGUCCCUCCUCCUUUCCUUUCCAAAUCUCCAAGCAUGGGUGACCAGAAUAUUCCGGUAACCUCACCCACAAACCAAGCACUGGCAUCUUGUGGGGCCAACAUACAAGAACAAUCUGCACACAGACAAGAUUCAACUGACUGUCCUCGGCCUCUGCCACCUGUGACAACAGCUGCUGAGAAAAAGAGUCCUGAGGAAAAAGUAAGAAAAGAUAUUAUCAAGACACCUCUGCAAGUAGCAGAAGAAAAGCACAAAUCAAAGAAAGAAGAACAGAAGAAGAUGGAAGGGGCUGACCCUAAACCUUCAUCAGAGACAUUUAAAAAUGGAUUGGCUGGCUGUGAGAGAGGGGACUGCCAUCCAACUCAAGAAAUUCAAGGACUCCUGGAGUCCUGCCAGCCAGGAAAUGGAUGUUCAUUACCUGCUAGGCAAGAGGGAGUCUUGUCUCUUGAAGGCCAAAUAGGUACUGUUAAUUUGGAAGGUCAGAAGAAGCCAUAUCUUUCUGCCAAGUGUCAUGCCAAUAUUCUGAGGAAGGGAACCAUCACGACACGCACCAUGUCAUCGAGGAUAGAAAGCACAUCUACAUGUGAAGCCCAUGGAUCAAGGGAAAACCAGAAAAGAAGUCCGAGAACAGAGGAAAAGGUUUCAGAAGUUGCUGCUUCAGCACCUUUGUCUCUACAAUCAAAGAAGACCUUGAAAGGGCAUCAGUGUUUGAACAGCAGGGAGUUCGGUGAUCCAUCAAUGAAUGCAGUACAACACGAAGAGCUGGAAAAGCCCAUGGUGGUCAUGCGGGAAAAAGCUCACCGAGAAACGGAAGAGGAACGUCGGAAGAGGCUGUCUGUCCACAAGGAGGAGAUCAUGAAAGGCAAUGUCAAAGAGGCCAUGGAAAUCUUUGAAAACCUGCGAAGGCAGGAAGAGCUCCAGGAAAUUUUAACCCGCGUGAAGGAAUUUGAGGAGGAGACCUCCAAAGUGGACGUGAAAGCCUUGAAAAGCUUCUUCGAGAAUGUCCCCGAGUGGGUGGUGCACCAUAAAGCUUACCAAACAAAGCAGCCCAAGAUGGAGAAGGCGGAGCAGAUAAAGGAAGUGAAGGAAGACUCGGACAGCAUUUCUUCCGUGGAGCUGGCCUUCGAAGAUCUGGAGAGGGCAAGCGCUGAGAUCAUCCACUUGAAAGAGCAGACACUAAGCAGGCUGCUGGAUAUCGAAGAGGCCAUCCGGAAAGCUCUGUACUCCAUUUCGAACCUCAAGUCUGAAUCGGAUAUCGCCGGGCUCUCGGGAUUGCUCCAGGAGUCUCUUGGGAACUCGCAAAGCCUUGCGGCUGGCAACAAUAUCCGCAAGAUCAGCAUUGUCUCCAGCAAGGCCAGACAAGAGAGAGGGAUCCAGAACUCCUCCUGGAGAGUCGAAAAGAUGGCAGAAAAGAUGGAGAUGCCCAGGACAGAGCUAGAGGUUCCCCUGAUCAUUCAGCCUCGCGCGAGUUCUCCUUCUUCUCCUUCCUACAUCUCCAUUCAGUCUGCUGCAAGGAAGCCCACAGAGUCACCAAAGAUGGUACACUUCUCUACACCAAAUUUAACUGACGUGGCCACAGAAAGGGAAACAUUCACUCGAGAUAUGUUUAACUCGCUGCCGCGCAAGUCAGUGAGGUCCGAUGGAUACGACUUUGCUUCUGGUGAAGGGGAACAAGAGCCCAUCCAGAUGAAUAAAGGAGCGGGUUUGAUUAAACAACAACACCUCAGCAGUCCUGAACAUCUCCAGCAUCAGAUGAACAACAACGGUGACAAAGAAUGGGACUCGUCUCAAAGCUUGAUCAAAGGAGGGGUCCCUGAAUACCCUUCCAAAGCUCCCCUGAGCACUUUAAGCCCAUCAAACCCGCGGAGACAGAAAAGCAUACUAGAACUUCAGACGAGUCCCGAUGGAUCCAAACUCUACGGGGCCACCAGAACAGUGACUGAGCAGUACGAGGAGGUAGACGAGUUCGGAAACAAAAUAAUCACUUCAUCUACCACAGUCACCAAACAAUCGGAGACUCAGACCUCCACCACAUGUGACAUGGUUUCCUGUCCCACCAGGUACGAAGUGACCGCCUCUCCGAUCCUUCGCAAAUACCUCAACAGCCCCGACGGCUUCCAGGCAAACAGUGGCAACCAGGAAACAGGUGUGGUCUUUGUUACUUUUGGCAAUUCCAAACCGGCUAAGAAAUAAU